AUGGAAAAUGAGUUACGGGCCUUAGAUGCAAAUAAUACUUACAGUAUUGUCAAGUUGCCUCCUGGGAAGAAGACUGUUGGCUGUCGGUGGGUGUACAAAAUUAAAUACAAAAGAGAUAAUCAACAAGAGAUUAAAAAUCUUAAAGCAAUGCUUCAUUCUAGAUUCGAUAUCAAGGAUUUAGGGAUACUGAAGUAUUUCUUAGGCUUAGAAAUUGCUUACUCAAAGAAGGGUAUUUUUCUGAAUCAAAGAAAAUACGUGUUGGACCUGUUGAAGGCUACAGGAAAAUUGGGAGUAAAACCUUGUGAUACUCCUACAGAAAGUGGCAACAAACUUGAUAAUGACGGUGAUGUGCUAAAGGAUAUUGGGUCAUAUCAAAGGUUAGUUGGCAAGCUAAUUUACCUUACUGUUACCAUACCUGACAUAACAUAUGCAGUAAGCCUAGUUAGUCGCUAUAUGCAUGCACCCCGUGUUAAACACUUGAAUGCAGUAACUAGGAUUUUACAAUACUUAAAAGGGUCACCAGGCAGAGGAGUUGUGAUGACAAAAAAUGAAGCUUAUUCAAUUUCUAGUUACUGUAUAACAGCAUACUCGGAUGCUGAGUAUGCUGGAUGUCCAGUUGAUCGUAAAUCAACAACAGGGUAUUGCAUCUUCUUUGGUGGUAACUUAGUUACAUGGAAAAGUAAGAAACAAAAUGUUGUUUCUCGAUCGAGUGCUGAAGCUGAGUAUAGAUCCAUGGCUUCAACUACAUGUGAGAUUGUUUGGCUUCGAGCAUUAUUGAAAGAAUUGGGGUGUCUUCCAUCUCAGCCAGCUAAGAUGUUCUGUGAUAAUCAAGCUGCGAUACAAAUUGCUUCAAAUCCCAUCUUUCAUGAGCACACAAAGCACAUAGAAGUGGACUGUCACUUUAUUAGAGAGAAGUCAUAUCAGAAUUCAGAGCUUAGCAAAUGUGGGUUUUCUCUUUUGGAUUUGGGCUGA